AUGGAAUUUUUGGAUGAUUAUGAACUUUUAACUUUACAUGAAACUACUGAAGUUAAAAAUGCUAUUAAAAAAGUAGUUAUAAAGAUGCAUAAUGCAGGAUUUGUGUAUAGUGAUUUAAGAU